CGCGCCGGAAGUGAGCUUGGAGAGUGCGAAGAAGCGCGCCGGUGGGUUUCAGGCCGGAGUGCACUUUCGAGUGAGAAGCCGCUGGGCUUCAGAAAGCUGCCGUCGGCAUGACGGCCCAGGGGGGCCUGGUAGCCAGCCGAGGCCGGCGCUUCAAGUGGGCCAUUGAGCUGAGCGGACCUGGAGGAGGCAGCAGGGGCCGAAGCGACCGGGGCAGUGGCCAGGGAGACUCACUGUACCCAGUUGGUUACUUGGACAAGCAAGUGCCUGAUACCAGUGUGCAAGAGACAGACCGCAUCCUGGUGGAGAAGCGCUGCUGGGACAUUGCCUUGGGUCCCCUCAAACAGAUUCCCAUGAACCUCUUCAUCAUGUACAUGGCAGGCAAUACCAUCUCCAUCUUCCCUACUAUGAUGGUGUGUAUGAUGGCCUGGCGACCCAUUCAGGCACUUAUGGCCAUUUCAGCCACCUUCAAAAUGUUAGAAAGUUCAAGCCAGAAGUUUCUUCAGGGUUUGGUCUAUCUUAUUGGGAACCUGAUGGGUUUGGCUUUGGCUGUUUACAAGUGCCAGUCCAUGGGACUGUUGCCUACACAUGCAUCAGAUUGGUUAGCCUUCAUUGAGCCUCCUGAGAGAAUGGAGUUCAGUGGUGGAGGACUGCUUUUGUGAACCUGAGAAAGCAGCACCUGGUGCCUAUGUAUUUGGGUCUUAUUUAUAUCCUCCUUUAAGCCCAGUGGCUCCUCAUCAUACUCUUAAAAUAAUCACUCAUGUUGAAAAAAACCAAAAAGCUUUCUUUUCUCCAUGGUGAGGAGACAGAUCCUACUAGAAGGACAACGUGCACAUUAUUAUAAACACAAAUAAACUGUACCACAACCCCUGACUGAAAAUAAUGUAGAAAACUUUAUUUAUGUUUCCAGUACAGAGCAAAACAACAAAUAAAAUCAUAACUCUAUGUAAACAAAAGAAUGGUUGCUGCUAAAUCAAGAACUGUAGCAGCAUCGUCUUUCAAUAAAUUAAAUGGUUGAGAACAAUGC